AUGAGAAGCAGAACAUCAGGGAUGGAUUUCAUCCUCCUGGGUCUGACGGAUAACCCUGAAUUGCAGACCGUGGUUUUCUCCUUUUUCUUUCUCUCGUAUGUACUGAGUGUUACUGGAAAUCUGACCAUCAUCGCCCUCACCCUGCUGGAUUCCCACCUGAAGACCCCAAUGUAUUUCUUCCUCAGAAACUUCUCCUUCUUGGAGAUUUCAUUUACUUCUGUUUGUAAUCCUAGAUUUUUGAUCAGCAUCAUCACUGGAGACAAGUCGAUAUCCUAUGACGCUUGUGUAGCUCAGCUAUUUUUCUUUAUCUUCCUUGGGUCCACGGAGUUUUUUCUCUCGGCCUCCAUGUCCUACGAUCGGUAUGUGGCUAUCUGCAAGCCUCUACAUUAUACAACCAUCAUGAGCAGCAAGAUCUGUUACCAGCUUUUAAUCAGCUCCUGGCUGGCGGGCUUCCUGGUCAUUUUUCCACCACUGGCCAUAGUAGAGCUGGAUUUCUGUGCCUCCCAUGUCAUCGACCAUUUUACCUGCGACUCUGCUCCUUUGUUGCAGAUCUCUUGCACAGACACAAGUACUCUAGAGCUCAUGAGCUUUGUUUUAGCUUUGUUUACUCUUAUGACUACAUUGACACUAAUAAUCCUCUCCUACACUUACAUCCUCAGAACAAUUCUUAGACUCCCCUCAGUUCAACAAAGAAAAAAAGCCUUCUCCACCUGCUCCUCACAUAUGAUUGUUGUCUCUAUCUCUUACGGAAGCUGCAUCUUCAUGUAUGUGAAAACAUCAGCCAAGGAAGGAAUCGCACUAACUAAAGGGGUGGCUGUUCUCAAUACCUCUGUUGCGCCAAUGCUGAAUCCAUUUAUUUACACUCUAAGGAACCAGCAGGUGAAACAAGCAUUUAAGGGUGCGAUGAGAAAGAUGCUUUCCUCAAAAAUAUCGAUCUAA